AGUAGAUGUCCAGGUUGUCAUAUUAAGGCACUACACUGACACAUAUUGCCAUGCAUUUCUGACAGAAUGACACUUCACCACCUAGUCAUGUUUUUAUCAAAAUUCUAUCAGUCGGUGGUUAAUGGAACUAUGCUAAUUUUCUUUUCCAAAAAACCUUUUUUUUCUCUCACUUUUUCCAACUUAGCUUCACUAUUAAUCUCCUUUUCUCUAUAAAGCUGCUAUAACCUUACAUCACUGCAUCAUCCCUUCAAUCUUCAAACCUUUUAAAAAGAUUUCUCAAAUAAAUUAUUAAACUCUGUGGUUCCUUUUGUAGUUAGUGGCAUUGCAUGUGAUCAGGAAUCACUUGGCUUAACUUUAUAAUCUAAUAAUCAUUACCAACCAUAUAUCUUAAACUCCUUUAUAAUAUCACUUAUACUUCUCUAUUUUCCUGUAUAAUCCUUCUUCAUUUCUUUUCCAAAAUUAGAAUUCUCUAAUUUGAUAUUUCAUACACCAAAAUGGGUGAGGAAGCAAAACAGGAACAAGCAAAGGUUGAGGAAAAACAAGAGGAAAAAAAGGAAGAAAAGGUUGAGGAAAAGCCAGCAGAGGAGGAAAAGAAAGAGGAAAAGUCAGCAGAAGAAGAGAAAAAAGAAGAGCCUAAACCACCAUCACCAUGUGUACUUUUUGUGGACUUGCAUUGUGUAGGAUGUGCAAAGAAGAUUCAAAGAUCUAUUAUGAAAAUGAGAGGUGUUGAAGGAGUGGUAAUUGAUAUGGCUAAAAAUGAAGUUACCAUAAAAGGUAUAGUUGAGCCUCAAACUAUAUGCAAUACAAUUACCAAGAAAACAAAGAGAAGAGCACUUGUUAUAUCUCCAUUGCCUUCAGCAGAAGGAGAGCCUAUUCCAGAAGUUGUUGUUUCUCAGGUUAGUGGACCAGAAACAGUGGAACUCAAUGUGAACAUGCAUUGUGAGGCUUGUGCUGAGCAACUCAAGAGAAAGAUACUCCAAAUGAGAGGAGUUCAAACAGCAGUAACAGAGUUUAGCACAGGAAAAGUAACUGUGACAGGAACAAUGGAUGCAAACAAGCUAGUUGAUUAUGUCUAUAGAAGAACAAAAAAACAAGCAAAAAUAGUUCCUCAACCAGAACCUGAACCAGAAAAGAAAGAAGAAGAAAGCAAAGAAGGUGAGAAACCUGCAUCAGAAGAAGAAGAAGCAAAACCUGAAGAGAAUAAAAAAGAAGAGAAACCAACAGAGGAAACAAAGAAAGAAGAGGGGGGUGAGAAUAGUAAAGAAGAAAAGGGAGGUGAAGAAAGUAAAGAAGAAACAAAGAAAGAAGAGGGGGGUGAGAAUGGUGGUGCUGUUGUUAAUAUUGAUGAAGAAGGAAUGAAGAGAAUGAUGUAUUAUUAUCAAUAUCCUCCACUUUAUGUGAUUGAACGUAUUCCACCACCUCAAUUAUUCAGUGAUGAAAAUCCUAAUGCAUGCUCCAUUUCAUAAUUAAACACAUCAUAUGAGAAUUUUUUGGAGUUUGGUUGGUGGAAUAUGGAAAAGAAAAAAAAGUGUAUAAAUGGAAUACUCAUGGUGAUAAUUAAUAAUUAAUAAGUUGAUUAAUAAUAUAUCGUUAUGUCUUUUUUUUAUGUAUGUACGAUAUAUUAUUAGUAUAUAGUCAUACAUAGAUCAAAUGUUGUACAAAUGCUUGUGAAAUAAUGAGUAUCCUCUAGUUCUUUUUCAUGGAUCUAGAUUCGCCGCAAUAAUAAUAUUAUGCAAUUUCACAAUGUAAUCAAUAUCAGUCAUUGAUUCAAUUUGGUCAUUGGACAAUUAAAAUUGCGCAUUUACUAGUUCGAUUUUGGCUGAUGAUGAUUUUGAUCAGACGGUUGAGAUCUAUAAGUGUGUCACACAGUUAGUUUAGGGAAUCUAUUUGCCUUUUUCAUUG